CACCAAUUUUAAUUAAAAACCAAGAAAUCGAUUCAUUGCUUUAAUCGAACUUGCGUAAUCUUCGCAAUAAAUUAUAGUUUUGAAUUAGCGCGCCAUGAAGCCAGUUUUAUUAUUUUUUCUGUCCUUCGAAGUAAUAUUGCAAAUCACACAGUUUAACGUUGCCGGUGAAAACACAACAGACCGUGUUACGUCAACGUCAACGGAACCGCAGUGGCUGAAAACACUGCGUGCGAACAUCUCGCGAUCCGUGCAGCACUACGGCUAUCAGGACGCAGGGCCGCACAUACGACGGAUGGUAGAAGAUGCAGAGAAUUCAUCAAACCUACUGCUUCGUGUGAAAGUGACUGAAAACGGUACAUCAUCAGUCGAAUUCAGGCCACUGCUUCGAUCAAAACAUAGGAAAACAGUUACGGAAUCAGAGUUGUCGCUGCAAGCACCUCCGUGGCUUGAGGAGCUACAGACCUUCGUCAAAAGCAUCGUGCAGUUCUUCGGUAAAGACAAGGUGUUGCAGAUGUUGGAGCCUACUAUAAAAGUUAUACAAGAAACAUAUGACGUGAAAAUAGCAGAUGUCGACAUUGAUCAGUACGGCAAUGUUCAAAUUGCGUUUGUUUACAACGAUGAGUCGAUGCCCGCAGAACGUUAAGAACGAGCAUUCUACUGCAGAUAUAGAUAUAAAAAGAACGGCCGAGCCCUAAUGACAAUACGAAGUACAUAGCACAAGAUUGAAGUCUGUUUCCGAUAUUUUGGGCAUACAUUUUGUAACCAACUAAAAUCAGGUAAAUAAUUGAUAGCUUGCAUGACAGUAACAAACAAUGGCUAAAAUAUUGUAGUUAUUAACCUUAUAAUAUAAGAUUAAUGUAUAA